AGAUAUUUGUUAAUUAUUUUAAUUAAAAACAUUAAUUGUUUAAUCAAUUGAUUGAGACUUUUUGCUAAUAUUCUGUGAUUAAGAAUUGAAGUGUUAUUUACAGAAUCUGUGUUAUUGUAUACAAGAAUUUGUAUACAAAUAGUAAUUGUGUGUCCAUAUGGCCGCCAAAGCUAACGAAAACACUUAUAUUCUUCAGGAAACCCAACAAAUCAGUACAAUUAACUCCAAUAACAAUCCGGGCGAUGACGACACCGCAUCUCAAUCGACAGCUACACCGGCGGACACGAAGCAACUGGUCUAUGAACCCAAUUGUAAUAGAUUGGGUCCGACCAGUAAUUUACAUCAAACGGGCUUUAAUUAUGUCAACAGUAUUAUCGGCUCCGGUGUUAUAGGAAUACCAUAUGCUCUUAGAACCGGAGGCUUUGGUUUUGGAGUAGUUUUAAUUGUGUUAAUCGCAGUUAUAACUGACUAUUCGUUGUGUAUAUUAGUUAAAGCGGGGAAUAUUGUCGGCGUUAAUACAUAUCAAACAACCCAAGCCAUAGCUGUGCCACAAGCGGGUGGCGGCGUAUCGAUAGUACAAUUACUACCCAAUCAGCCAAACGUUGUGCAAUCGGUUAUUCAGCCCAACCAACAGUCUGUAAUCCAGGCCACCGGCGGCGCCCAAACAGUACAAACUGUUCAGUUACCGAAAGGAAACGUUAUACUAUUGAAAGGCGGACAACAAGUAGGUCAGGGCUCAGUCAUACAUAGCACUGAUACGGAUACCGGUAUACAUCACGGCGUACAGAUAUUGUCGAAGGGAGACGACGGCAGUGAGACCUUAACGCCCGUUAUAUUUGAAGACGAGUCCCGAAAGCGGCGCGAGAUCUUAGCCCGAAGGCCGUCGUAUCGCAAGAUAUUAAAUGAUUUGUCGUCUACAGAAGGACAGAGUGUUGUGACAGCCAUUCCCGCAGAAAUCAAACAGGAAGACGACGAGAGGGACGGCACCACAACCAUACAAGUGGGCGGACAGUACUUGAAAGUGUUGCCCGCGUCGGCCAUACAGCUGGGCUCUCAAGAUGGCACUCUUCAAGGCAUACAGACACUUACGAUGACCAAUGCUAACGCUGGCUCACAGGGUACUAUUGUGCAGUACGCCACGCAGGGCCAGGACGGACAGUUCUAUGUACCCGUCACCGUUUCUGCGGCCGAUUUACAGGCCUAUCAAAUCCGGGCGCCGUCGCAGACGAGUAUCACACAGGGAGUAGUCAUGACAUCGACUGGUGGUCUACAAGGGGGUCAAGUGGUUCCCGAAGAGGCGUCCAAAAAGAGAGAACUCAGGCUUUUAAAAAAUAGAGAAGCGGCCAAAGAAUGUCGGCGGAAGAAGAAGGAGUACAUUAAGUGCCUCGAGAAUAGAGUAGCAGUUCUUGAGAACCAAAACAAGGCUCUAAUCGAAGAAUUAAAGUCUCUAAAAGAGCUUUAUUGCCAAAAAGCCGAUUAAGACAUCAAAAUACAUGAUUAUAACGCUUUUUUGGGUUUUAUUAUUUAAAUUCAUUAUUUUUAAUUCCUAUACAAAUGACGUUAAAAAAUAUAAGUUAUAUAAAAUAGUUUUGUUAUGUUUUACUUUUUCGCGCAAAUCAAUCAAUUAGUGCUCCAUUCAAUCAAAAUACCAUUUUCCCCCUAAUUUUUGUAUUUCACCCUAUUUUUUGUGCCCGGAGUUUAUUUUUAUCAUUUAUAAUCAAUUUGACACUCAUUUAGAUUUAAUUACUGUUGUCUUUGAUAUUUUAAACUAUUAUUACUGUUAUUUGUAAACAAAAGCAUAAAUUAAUUGUCCAUUAGUUUCAUUUAAAUACCAAAUUAUUUGAAAAGUUUUUAUAAUUUACAGCACAAUCUGUUGACCCAAUUAUUAAGACAAAAAUCGAUAACAAUUUGUUUUUUAAUUUUACAAUUAAGUUGUUUUUGUCAUACAUUCUGUCCAUUAAUUCAUUGUUAAAUAUAACAUCAAAAUAGUGUUUUUGAAAGACUUGAGAUCUCAUAUACAGAGUAUAUAUAAUUAAUUAAUAACUUAUAUAUAAUAUAUAUAAUUAUAGAUAUAAUUGUUUUGGAGCACAAAAAUACAAGAGAUGUUUGUUGAAAAAUUUCAUGCAUAUUAUUAUCAAUUGAAACGUUUAUUAUAUUUACAUCAAAAUACAAGAAAAAGUAAAACAAAA